AUGCGAUUUGUAAGGCUAUUACUAUUACGUUUUCGCAUCUACUUUGAUGAAAGGAUAAUAAGACGUCCAUCAUUAUUACUCGCUCCAUGUGAGGGUUCCCAUUGCGAUAAAAUGGGAGAUAUAUUGAGCCAUCAAGGAUCGUGUGCUUAUUCGACGGGUGAUUGUAUUGCCGAUGCCACUUCUGGUGUAACAUGUGGGACAGAUACCAUUUCCUGUUUAGUAUAUGCCAGUAGCAAGAAAUUACCACAAUGUGAUGAUAAAAACAACAACUAUCUUCAUAUUGAGUAUCAAUGUGUGCCCAUCAUUAUGCAAGACUCAACAAAAGUCUAUGGAGUCUGUCAAAAUUCAGACACCGAUAUCACUAGUGAUCAUGGUAUCAUUAUCAGUCCUGGUUAUCCGACACAAUUUCAAACAACAACGAACGAAUGUUUUCGUUCCAUACACGUACCGGAUAAUAAAUUAAUUCAAUUGUGGUUAACUGAUUUGUACAUUGGUUCAUCACCAUCACAAGAUUGUCCAAAAGAUCAUGUGUUAGUAGUGGAUAGUGUGAGUACUUAUCGACAUUGUAAUAUAAAACGAUUUGCCUAUCCAUUAUUAUGUUCAUCAUCGAUUAUUAUACAAUAUUAUGCGACAACAAACUCGGUCGUCUAUAAAGGAAUGAGACUAUAUUUUGAGAUUGUUGAUAGACCACCGAGUAUCCACUGUCCACAAGUGACAGUGACACCUGUACCAUUAUCAACAAUAACUGGGUCAACAACUCCACAUUUGACAACGACACUGCCUCUCUAUGCCCAAUUAGUUAUUGCAUCGCCGAAAUUUGACAUACAACUAUGCAAAGAUGAUUUUCAGACUAUCACUUGUCCAAUGGAUUUUGUAGCAGUCAUUAACACUAUGAUAUAUGCUGUUGUACCAUCAAAUCAAUGUGAACCUUUUAACUUGGCUACACAUUGCUCCGUAACAGAAGAGCCCAAUAUAUAUUGUCGGCGAACGUGCACACUCAGCUAUUAUGGUAAUAAAUUUCUUCCUGCUUGUUCUAAUCAAGAAGCAACAUAUCGGUUAGUAUCCUAUCAGUGUGUACCUGAUAAGGCGCCAGUACUAACAGCUAAUCAUCCGUGUACAGGUGGUCCCGACAUUUACAUAUCAAAAAAUGGAGAGUUUAUAUCGGAGGGUUACCCUUAUAUAUCUCAAACGGAAAAUUGUACAUAUCAUUUGAAAACAGAUGUGGAUAAAAUAAUGAAUAUUUACGCAUUAGACAUCACUCUCAGUGAUUUUGAUCUAGACUGUAAAACAAAUAGUUUGACGAUAAUUGAUGGUGAUAAUAGAGCGGUAUUCUGUGAUGUAUUUUAUGGUAAAAUAAUUCAUUCAAGUUGUUCAAAUGAAAUUGAUAUUAAUUAUUCUAUCACUGAUUCUCAUCAAAUAAUAUCGUAUGGUGCACGAUUGUACAUUGAAGCAGUACAACGGCCAGCUGAUCAUUGUGAUAAAACAGAUCCAAUGCCCACAACAUCUACAACUGUUACACAUAUGACACCAACAAUACCGACAAUAAUUCCUGAGCCAUUUUCAGGUGCAUUAAAUGAAACAAAUGCCGAUAUUUGUUUUGGUGAUACACCAAGUUUCGCAUGUCCAUCAGGUUAUACAUUUAUUAUUAUUGAUGCAUUUUUUGGUGUUAAAAAAUCAACAACUGACGCAUGUCGAUUUCAACAGGGUGAUUGUAUACAAUCUGCCACAAGUACAAUAACAACAUGUCAACAUGAUGAUCCAAUCUGUUAUUUGCCAUAUACUGUAAAACGAAAAUUAGCACGUUGUCAAGAUUUAUACGCCGAUUAUAUGCAUGUUAUUUAUCAAUGCAUACCAAAUAAAGGUUUAACACCAGAUCUACUUACAUACGAUGUAUGUCAAUCAUCAGAUAUGAUUACCGCAUUUAACGGUUUAUUAACAAGUCCUGGUUUUCCGAAAUAUCAAACGGUCAAUCCAGAAUGCAAACGUCCAAUUGAAACAGUAAGAGAUAAAGCAGUAAAAAUAUGGAUCAAUGAAAUGGCAACAUCAAGCGGUAUUUUAAGAACGACUAGUGAUGAUGAAUCUCAACCAUUGGCUAAAUCAGCUGAUUUGAUUAUACACCGAUCACCCUCAUCAUUGUUUAUCGAUGCAACAGAUCAUAUACGUUACGGUUUACGUGAUAUUUGUCCAAAAGAUUAUUUAAUUAUAAACGGUGCAGUGGGUAUUUCAUACGUAUUUUGUGGAACAAGAAAGCUGGUAUUACCACCUAUAUGUGCCACGGAAGUCUACAUCCAAUAUUACGCACCGGCAGCGCCCAAUUUAUUUUAUAAAGGUUUUAAACUAUACUUUGAACAGGUUCCAAAGCCAGUGGAUGGAGUCGAGUGUGGUAUUGGUCAUACAGAAAAUCCAAAUCUAUCAACAACAACUGAAGAUCCAUCUACUCUACCAAUAUGGGCCCAAAAUUUCGAAUUAUCGCCCAUAUUUUCACAAUUCUUAUGCCAUGGUUUUGUAGUAAGAAUAACAUGUCCAUCAACUUAUGUUGUAUCGAUAGACAAAGCGUAUUAUGGUGUAACAGGUACCGGGCAAUGUGAAACACCCGAUAACAGUCAUUGUAAACAGGAUGCCAGUUUAUCCUUAUCAUGUACUCACACAUGUUCAGUUGAUUACGCUGUUCCGCAAUCAUUGAUAUUGUGCGGCGGCAGCGAUGCUGAUUAUCUAACUUUUGAUUAUCAAUGUAUUCCUACUCAACUGAGUAAUGGUCAAUUACCAAUUGAUAUUUGUUCAACAUCUGUCACAGACACGCUUGCUAUUAACCGAGGUAUGCUUACAUCUCCCCAAUAUCCUCAACUAGGUUUACAAACAAGACGUUGUAGUAAAACACUACAAACAAAUUCAAAUCAACUAUGGGCAAUAUAUAUUGUCGAUUUAAAUAUUGAAGGAGCAGAUGCAAAUGCUAAUUGUAUUGACGCAUCAUUGACAUUAUAUGACGGCAAAGAUCGUAUAACGCUUUGUGGUUCACAACAACCACAACAGAUAUUAACCAGUUGUUCAGAAACAGUACAAAUUGAAUUUGUAUCAAAUAGACAAGCAAUAGGAUAUCGUGGUUUUAAAUUAUAUUUCGAAACAAUUAAUAUACCCCCUAACUGGGCUUGCGUACCAAUCGGUUACAGCACUUUACCAUCGACAAUGCGACCGCCGCAGACUACAUCCAAAUUGCCACCAAGUGUUUUAAUUCAAACAUAUGGUGGAACAACUAAUGAAACCAUGCGUUACUGCGAAUUUCCAUUUCUCUAUCAAAACCAACUACAAAGUGCUUGCUUAUCAUCGGAGACGGCACCGAUACCUGGUGGAUCAACUGAUCCGUGGUGUUCAUUAACGGAUAAUUUCGAUACGGAUAAGCAAUGGGGCUAUUGUUAUUUAGGUGUUACACAAACAACAAUGUAUGAUAUUUGUCCAAGUAAAACCGAGACAUUGAAGUGUCCACUGGGAUACGUAAUUGACAUUGUAGCUUCCAUGUAUGGUACAAAAAAUCAAGAUAUUGGUGAUGCACAAGCCUGUGUUUACGAUGCGAACGAUUGCUUUAUCAAUGAUGAUACAACAGUUCAAGCGACGUGUGCUGGAAGAAGUUCCUGCGUUGUACUUCAUUCGGUUAGAACCUUGGCAUCAUGUCAAAAUCGUCGUUCAUCAUAUUUACACAUUGAUUAUAUUUGUGUGCCAAAUACAUUACCGGAUAUCAAAGAGUAUGAUUUUUGCGGUAGUACUACGAUAAUAACACCAACAGAUGAUAAACCAAUUAGACGGGGUUAUAUUGUAUCACCCAAUUAUCCAAACACUCAACCAGGUAUAGAUUGUACAAUAACAAUUCAACCGAAUGAUCAGCAAGAUGUUUACGUUUAUAUCCUGGACAUGCAAUUAGAUGUGCCACUUUUGGGACAAAGUUGUACCAAAGCUAAAUUUAUUCAGACGUAUGAUGGCUUAACACAAGAAAGAUGCGGUCGAUCGAGUACAAAUUUUCUAUUGAAUACAUGCCAUUCACCAUUGUCGUUACAAUUAAUAAAAUCGAGUGAUUCAUCAUCAAAAGGACUUAAGUUGUAUUUUGAAUUUAUUAACCGCCCAAUUGACGUUGUAUGCGUUACUCCACCACCCCCUAUGUCAUCAACAAAACCUACAGUUGUUCCACAGACAACAACAGAGCCUCCGCAGCCGAGUUGGUACCCGAAUAUGUCACCAAUAAUGACAAAACCAAUUUGUUAUCUCGAUUUAGUAUCUUUGUUUGGAAAUAAUAUUCAAUGUUAUAAUAACUAUCUGUUGGUCAUACGUCGAGCGUUCUAUGGUAAAGGUUCAAAAUGCGGCUAUACACAAGGUGAUUGCAUUAGAGAUACAGAUUAUGUUUAUCAAACAUGCGCUGGUAAACAAGGGUGCGCUGUGAAUUUCAUAGCCCCAGUAACACUGUCUGAGUGUGGUGUAAAUUUAUAUGCAGGGUAUUUAUAUGUUGAAUAUCAAUGUGCGCCAAAUUUAAGUUUGCAACCAUCUCUAGACCUAUGUUCAAUACAGCAGACGACAUUGGGUGAUCUUAGUGGCUCAUUAAUAAGUACCACCUAUCCGUCUUAUGUUAUAACACAAUGUGACAAUAUUACCCUUCAAGCACCUGAUAAUUCUAAUAUGAUAUUACGCAUGUACUUGUUGGAUUUGAACAUUGAUGCAGAAGACAGUACUUCUGGGCUGUGUACAAACGAUUAUUUAAUAUUUUCGUACAAUUGUGAUGGACAAACAAUCGAAAAUAAGCUAUGUGGUACACGUAAAACACAAUUUUUGUUUGAAACAUGUAAUGUCAAUGAAGCCAUUCGUGUUUCGUAUAGAGCUCAAAGUCAACUACAUGAACAACAAGGUGGUUUUGCACUGCACUAUCAAUUUUUACCAAAAUCUGUCGAAUCAACUAUACCAACCGUACCAACACAACCCUCUACACCCCCUACGGUAAAAACUACAACUGGAUCAGUUCCUCCAAUAACAAGGCCGAUAGAGGUAGUCACUCUUUGCGCUGGACAAUCGAGGACGUUAAUAUGUCCACGAAAUUUUGUUAUUGUUUUGUUACAAAUUGAUUUGGGCGUGAGUGAAAAAAAUCAAUGUUUAUUUGCACGUAAUGAUUGUUUUGAAGAACGUACAUAUCUAUACGGUUCAUGUGCUGGUCAAACAUCGUGUGUCAUAGUUUAUUCUAGAGAAUUACCGGUUGCGGCUUGCUCAAAUAGACCUGCCAAUUAUCUUUAUGCUGAAUAUCAAUGUGUGCCAACAUCUGGACAAAUACAAGUAAAUGGGUGUAAUAAUGGUUUACCAAUAGACGUUCAACUCUCAGCAAGUAUCUUUUCAACGAAUUAUCCGACCUACACUCCGUCAUCACAAGAUUGCACAGUUCAAUUGCAUGCUCCACGACUUUUGGGAAGUCCACACCGUCGUUCAUUUAAAAUUUAUAUUAUAGUAUUCAAUUUACCUUCUACUGCAAUAUCUGGUGGACAAGGCUCACAGUGUGAUCCCGUGAAUGAUGCUUAUGUCGAAAUUUAUGAUGAUAUUAUUAAAACACGAUUAUGUGGUAAUUUACAUACACGAUAUGUUUUUGAAAUAUGUACCGAUACGCUUCAUAUUCGUUUCAAAGACAUUAAUAAGCAAAUUAGUCCAUCAGCAAAAUAUAAAGGUUUCAAUAUAUACGUUGAAGCUAUAGAUACUAAUUGUCCAGAACUAGUAGGAACAACCAUUCGACCACCCGAAAUAUCGCAACCAUUCACUAUUUAUGAUCGAGUCGUUUGUAUAGUUCCAGGUCGUGAGAGAACAACAAUGGUAUGUAAGGAACACCAUGGACUUGUAUUUUUACAAUCGUACGUAUAUUCGACGUCAAAACCAAGUGAAUGUCAAAUUAGUGAUAAACUUUGUCAUUAUCCAAGUGAACAACCGCAAUCUUUGUGUACCGGACAAACUUCUUGUUCAUAUAUAUUUAUGCCACAGCCUUAUCCAUUAUCAUUCGGUUGUUCAGUUCCAGCUCCCGAUCUUAUUAAUUUUCAAUAUGAAUGUAUACCAAAUCGAUUAAUACAACAAUCACCGGACUAUGGUACAGCUGUUUUAUGUCAAGAUUCGCUCGUGACAUUUCGAAGUGGUUUUAUUCAUACACCUAACUAUCCCGCUUAUAGCUAUUCAAAGCAAUGUAAAUUAAAAAUACUUUUAUCCAGUGCUAGUGCUACAAAUCUAAUGUAUAUCCGUUUAUAUGUCAUUGAUUUAUCUAUGCGUCAAUCGUCUACAAGUAGUAAGAAAACAAAUAAGGAUGAUUCGUGUUAUGAUUCAAUAACAUAUCGUGAUUCUAAGAUGUCAACCAUAUUGUGUGGUGAACUAGAGGAAAAAUUUCUUUAUGAAUCACAUGACCGUGAACUCGAAAUUGAAUUCAAUACAAAAGCAAUGUUACCCACAGAUGAUCCAACACGUUUUCAUGGUGCUUUACUUUUCUUCUACAUAGCAAAUUUCACAUCACCAGCCACACCGCCGCCGUCUACAACACUAGAAGUCUCUGCACCGCCUAGCACACAGUCACAAAAGCCGAAAAAGAAAGCUGUUACAGGAGUUAUUAUUGGUAUAUUAGCUGGUCUCUGUGCUCUUGUUAUUUUGGUCGGCAUUUUAUUGUAUCGAAAAGGUAUUCUAUUUAAUCGGCGAAAGACUUCACCAGAUGUUGUUUACCAACAAGAUUCAGUUGCAAUACAAGCACCAUCUACAAAGAAAACUGGGCACGAAGCCACAUCGUUAACAAAUCCAUUGUAUUCACAACAGACUCUUCGUUUUCAGAAUCAUCCGAAUGGAACAACUGACGCAUAA